AUGCGGGAAUCGUUACAGGUAAAACAUUCUUCGAUUGGCCCAGAUGAGACUAUUGAAGGUGACAUGGCUGUGAACACAUUCCACCGCUCUACCACGAAGGCCUUCGUUCCAGAAAUGCUGGAAGCUGAUCACGGUCAUGUAGUGACAGUCGCGUCCUUGGCCGGCAAGGUCGGCGUAGCUGGAUUGGUCGACUACUGCACAUCAAAGCACGGAGCAAUAGGGUUUCACGAGUCGUUGACGGCUGAGCUGGAAACGCUUGGCAAACACGGCGUGAAGACGACCGUUGCUUGCCCAUACUAUGUCGACACUGGAAUGGUCGACGGGGUUCAAACGAAGGCGCCAAUAUUGCUACCAAUGUUGCAGCCGGAAUACGUGGUUGAUUGCAUAAUGGAAGCCAUACUUACUGAGAAAACAAUUUCGCAAAUAUCGUUUCCAACUACAUUAAUAUGUUUCCUCAACGGUUUUCUACCGUCAGACGUUUUGGUAGAGCUGACAAAGUAUGUUGGUUCCAAUCAAACGAUGGACACAUUCAUUGGUCGUGUAAAGAAGGAGUGA